AUGUCGCUGCUUGUUAAUAGUAGUCCUACUAAAGAGUUCGGUGUUUAUAGAGGGUUGAGACAAGGCGAUCCGUUAUCUCCGUUCCUUUUUGUUUUGGUGGCGGAAGGUCUAACGGGGCUUGUUGGGCAAUCCGUUGACAUUGGGGAAUUUGGGAGUUUUGCUAUAAAAAGGUCUUGUUCGUUAGAUUUACUAAAAUUCUCGGAUGACACUCUAAUAAUGGGGGAAGGAACUUGGAAACACCUUUGGGCAAUCAAGACGGUGCUUAAGGCGUUUGAGCUUGUUUCGGGUCUUGGAAUCAAUUAUCAUAAAAGCAAGUUGAUAGGCAUUAAUGUUAAUCGUUCUUUCUUGAAAGCCGCCGCUUUUUUUCUGUCUUGCAAAAUGGAGGAGAGUAACUUCCAAUUUCUUGGAAUUCCGAUUGGUUGUGAUCCUAGGAAGGAAUUGACGUGGAAUCCUCUUUUGAUUAAAAUGAAGAAGCGGUUGAUGGGUUGGAAGAAUCGUUUUCUUAAUUUGGGAGAAGAUGCUGGUGAAGGUGGUAAAUGA